AUGGACGGGAGUAAUAAGCAUCGUACAAAUAUUAUGGAGACAAACCAGCCAUUUUCUUGGAGAAAGAAUACCCCUAAAGAAAGAGCAGCAAUGCAAAACGAAAGAAGAAAGCGAAGGAGAAAGGCUAGAGCGGCGAACAAAGAAGAUAAAAGAAGAAAAGCUUUGUUAGCACUUGAAGAUGAGCGAGCGAUGACCCUAGCGAAGAAUGAAAGAUUGCUCCAUCUUGCGAGGAAGUACUACGCUAAAUGGCAUGCUCUACAUCUUCGUGAACGGGUAGGAACGUCAUUUGAUGUAAUUUUUCGUAGUCCGUUAAAUAUCAUCUAAUGUUUACAGUGAAGGGUUAAGACUUUUAACAUCUGCCGCUUCUGCAAAUACCUCACAGCUAUGUAUUCAUUACAAUGAUUUCAAUACUAAUUGAAGUAGCCAGCAGGUUUAAAUACAGUAACCGACUGUAACAACAAGGUACCGCUAGUCCCCUCCUUUUGGAAAAGUCUGUGGUAUGCUUCCCCAGAAAACUUUGAAAUUUCAAAGCCCUAGGACGCGAUUUACCGCGUUCUUGUUUAUACUAGAUCAGGAGUAGAUCUAGAGGGGAGGGUGAAAUGGGUGCAUCAGCAAAAUAAAGCAAUUAAAAAAUGUAAGGGCUACUUAGAACCAAUCAGAUUUCAUAAUUGGCAAGAAUGGUAUUAAUUUUUUUCAGACUAGCAAAAUGGAUAAAUCAAACACCAUGGAGAAUGAGAAACAGGCACAUAAAGAUGCCUCAAUUUCUGCAGAUCAACCGGUGUCACAUGUAAAGAGAAGUCAUCUCAGUCAUGUGAAAGAUCCAAGUGGUUCUACUGACCAGCCUCUGUUACUGGGAUGUGGUGUCUUUGGACGUUGCUAUAAAAUGUAUUACAGAGGGAUUUCAGUUGCUGUUAAACAAUUUAACACACACCUGUCAUCAGAGUCCAGUGUUAUCAAAGAAGCAUCACUGAUGAAACAGUUGGAUCACCCAUGUUUUCCCUACGUUUAUGGUAUUUGUGUACAAAGCAAACCUUACCUGUUAGUACUUCAGUUUUGCAAUGUGGAAGGCAAAGCAUACACUCUUCACAGGACUUUACACAGCCGUACCUGGGUUUUAAAAAAUCAAGAGUGGUUUGAUGUCAUUUUGCAACUUCUAGAAGCACUCAAAGUGUUGCACAACUCUGGACUGAUUCAUCAGGAUAUAAAAGGUGAUAACAUCUUGCUUACAUACAAAAAUACACUGUUUGUGCCAGUAAUCAUUGAUUUUGGAAAGUGCAUUAGAAUACAGGAAGCCAGAAGAAAAGUUUUGUCCAAACAAGAACAAGAGACAUACAAACAGAAGUACACACAUGUUGCCCCUGAAGUUGUUGCAGGAACUCACCCUCCAUCUCAUGCAAGUGAUGUAUAUGCCCUUGGCCGUCUGUUAAGGCAGAUUGCAACCAAGAUUGGUUGCAAGCCACUUCUCUCCCUUAGUGAAUGUAGCUUAAAGAAUGAUCCAAAUGCUAGGCCUUCUUUGGAUUACCUCUUGGUCAGUGUCAAGUCUCUGUCAUCAUGA